AUGAGAGGAGUCCAGCUUUUAUUUCUAUUGCAACUAUGCACAAGCUGCGUACUAACUCUAGCAGUCCCCAGAGUUCCUGUUCCAAAGAGAAGAGAGGUGUAUGGUAAUGGCAGAAUCUUUGAUAUCACCCAAAGGGUGAAUGCUAAAAUGCCGACAUGGGGCUCCAGAGAUGGGCUCGGCCAAUUUGUAUGGUUGGUUGCUAGCAUGAAAAAUGGUUCUCUUGUGAAUGCUUCCGAGAUGAAGCUAUCUGCACACACUGGCACGCAUAUUGAUGCUCCUUCGCAUAACUAUGAAGAAUACUAUGAAGCUGGGUUUGACAUUGAUACAUUGGACUUGGAGGUGCUCAAUGAAUCUCAUGGACUAAAUUAUUUAAAUGAGCAAAUAUUUAGAGUUGAAGCAUGUUGA